UAACAUUGACUACGAGAGAUCUCUACACAAUCUCCUGCAGAGGAUUUAUAACUUUGAAGCUAAAAAAUAUCAAAAUGAAGAAAUUAAUUUCAUAGUACUUUGUCAGUUCUACUGCGCUCGGAAAACACUAAGAACGGCAAACACAUUUGACGCAUUUAACCGUUCACAGAAGACUCUCCUUAAAAAUGUUCUCGAGAUGGCUGGUUGUUGUGUAUGGACAAAGUCAUGGUGUGCCACAUACUCUCAAAGCAUGCGCAAACGAUCUUGAUAAUGUCGCUAUUGUCGCCUUUCCAGGAGUCAGUGGAAACGGCCUUGAGGCAUUCAAAGAAGGUCUUGAACCAAUGUCCUUAGAGAUACUUAAGGAAGAAUUACUGGGAAGUCGUCGCGGCUUCAAGACAGCUAUAAUAGAUAAACUGGAGAAAACUGCAGCAACAUGGAGUCCAUCCGGUCAAUGUCUAGCCUACAAUAUCGACACAUUACUUCAUAAGAAAUCUGAUAGAAUGUUUAGCUCCGUUGGCUACAUUGAAAUUAACGGUAACGUCGUCGUGGCCUCGGAUAUCUUCCCAAACACAAAGUAUGGAUACAACAAGAGACAUUUUAAUGUCUCCACCUUGAAGUAUCCACCAUUUGUCAAAAAAGAAGACGUCAACGGUACCACUGACUAUAAAGGGUUUUGUAUGGAUUUGUUAAGAGAGCUUUCUAAUAAACUUAACUUCACUUACACAAUAACAGAGCCUGUUGAUGGUAAAUGGGGAGCUUAUGAAGAUAGAAAUAAAACCUUUAAUGGACUGGUUGGCCAACUUCAGAGAGAGUUUGAUGAAUGCGCCAGAAAAGUUACCCAUUUCGAAGUUGACAUGGUUGCAGCACCGUUAUCAACAACAUCUGACAGGACCCCUGUUAUGGAUUUCAGUUAUCCAUUCUAUUAUGAAUAUACAACUGUCAUUCUGAAAAAGCCUGAUGUUAAUGCUACAAAAUGGAGAACACUGAUUGAUCCAUUCAAAUGGGAGGUACUUGUUUCCAUAGGACUUGCUCUGCCAGUUAUGACCAUGUUGGCAUUCCUAAUUGAGAAAUAUAAUCCAUUUUAUGAGAAGUCAGAACAUUCCGAUGAACGAGAACGCAAUGGAGGACUCCAUAGAUUGCAUAACUCUGUAUGGUAUAUGUACGGAGCAUUGUUAUGCCAAGGCGGCGUACAUUUGCCAGAUUCAACAGCCGGUCGAACUUUGGUGAGCUCAUGGUGGUUGUUUUGCAUUAUCAUUGUUGGAAUUUAUUCCGGCAACCUUAUUGCCUUUCUCACAGUAACAAAAGAGAAACCUCCAUUUGACACACUUUCCGAGAUGAUCAAGUUAAAAGGCUCAUACAGAUGGGGCACACUAUCAGAUACCCAUUUCGCAGCAGUGUUUUUGAAUUCUGAUAAUCCAACGUAUAAACCUAUUGGAGAUGGUAUUCGUGACUUUAACAAGACGGAUCCUGACGUAUUGAGUACAGACCCAGAAGUGCACAUCCGGAAAGUUAAGAAAGGCAAAUACGCCUGGAUAGGUGAUAAGACGUAUAUAGAAACAGCAAUGGCGGAGGAAUGUAGCUUAACAUCAAUCAAUGAAGAAUUUCUACCACUUAAGUAUGGAUUAGGUUUCGUGAAAAACUCGCCACAUACUGCUAUCUUUUCAAAACAACUAAUCAAGUUACAUGAAGGAGGACUGUUUCAAAUUUGGAAGAGGAAAUGGUGGCCAAAAGCAAAUUUCUGUGCGCGCAAUACAGUUACUGAGGCCAAACCGAUUUCAUUGAUGGAUGUGCAAAGUGCGUUCUACGUCUGUUUGAUCGGAGUUUUCCUCGGAUCAGUUGCCUUUAUCAUAGAACUAUUAGUUCAUAGAUGCAGAUUAAGGAACAGCGAAUUGUGCAAUAGGCAGUCCAUCACCAGAAAGCCAUCAACAGAGAGUACUAGAGCCAAUGAUAGUAAAUACACUGAAGGAGAAGGAGAAAUUCACAUUUGAUAUCUGGUGUUUUUACAAAACAAGAGUUACUAAUAUAUACAGAGAUUGUUGUGCAUAGCUCAGCUAGAUUGCUUACUCUUCGCAAUUGAAUUGUUUUGCAAUUUUAUAGAUAGCACAUAUAUUUGAGCCAUUCAUCUUAAUAUAUAUUUAGAGAAAAGCUUAUUUGUCGCUUAUUUCCAGCAUAUUUGCAAUGCAAGAAAGUUGAAAAUAAGCAUUAUCAUUCGCAUAUCAUCCGCUGAAACAAGAUGAUUUUCAUGCUAUAACAGUGUCUUACCUUUAACAGCACAAUAAAUCUAGUAGAAUAUGUAUGAAAAAAUGAAUGACAUUAUUGCAUUUUAUUUUAACAAAAUUGUUCAACUGUUUUGUUCAUUUAUUGCUUUAACAUGGGUAUAAUCAAACGCACGUGCAAAUUCAGUAAAACUUUUAUUUAUUCUUAUAAGUAACUGCACAUUUGGUCAUUUUGAAUUUAACAGUCUUAUUAUUAAUUAGCAAAAAAUCUACAUCUCGAUUAUUGUUUUGAAUUACAGUUUGCAUAUACAACUAUUUCUGUUGUUGACAAUUAAAAACUAAGUGGCAUGGACAACACAAGCGGAUUCAGGUGGGCUGCCCACUGAAAUAUGUCCGGCAUACGUUUCUUGUAAAUUAGCACGAGGCUUGUCUGACCUCUUAAAAUAACUAGGCGAUAAUGAAUACACUAAAAUCAUUUUGAUGUAAAAGAGUCUUUGAUUUGAUCAGCAUAUCAGCCUUAAGUCCUUAUUCUUCCGCCGUUUGUGUCAUGACUUUCAUUUUUGUAACGUUCGUUUUAUGAAGCAUACAAUGCUGGAAAUAAUCAUUUCUUCAUAAGGAAGAUUUAGGUACGAAUACUGCCUAAAUCUGAAGCUUUUUAGAGCUAUGCAAGUGUCUGGUGUUUAAAAUGUUUAGAUGUACAUUCGGAUAUUCAAGUAUUUAACUAUUAGCGUUAACAGUAGUAUUUCUUAUUUCAGUGGAUUCUUUAAGACUUGUUUAAUUUGUAGUUUUCAGUCCAUAAAUGGUAAUUAUGAUAGCUUAUUAUAUCAAAUUUCUUAAUAUAUUUCUUUCCUGUAUCUAUAUAACACUGUCGCUUUAGGAUGAAAUGGUAUUCGUAUUCAAUAUCUAAUGUACUGCAUCAUAAGCAAUACCUUUAGUGGCGUUGCGGUCUGUGUUUGCCACAUCUACCAGUUUGGAUUCUAAGGGUGUGGUAAGCGUAAGAUCUAAGAUAAUUAGGCAAAACCCAAGCUAAUAUUCAAACGUUAGUGUCUUUUCACAAUUUAUUUUAACUGUUUUCAAUUAACCCAUGUCACAUUAAUAUGUAGUUUUCAAUAAAAAUUCUUGAAAUUGUU